CUUAGAUAUAGCUAUUGUCGUAUUGAUGCCACAAUAUUUACUUUCCUUUAUUCUUGAAAAACGAAAGGUCUCUCAACCUAAUCCCUUAAAUUUCGAUUUUGGAUCUUAAACUGGAAAUCUGGCAAGUUUAAAUCAAAAUCUUCUUCUCGUUCCCAAUCUCUCAACUUGUCUUCCUCCUCGUUCUCCACCGUCUGUGUCGUCGAGAAUCUCAGAGAUGGAUUCUUCUUCCUUUCCACAUGGAGCAGAAGAUAAUCGUGAUGGUGUUGAUGAAAACGUGGAUGAACGUGAAGAAGAUGAACUUGAUGCUCCUGCUUCAGGUUCCAGAAACAAAAGAAAAGGCAAGCAGAGAACUAACGUAGCAAAACGAUGCAAGGCACAGACGACUUUGGUGAGAUCAAAAGUGUGGGAACACUACACAAGAACAGUGGAGAAUAAUGACAAAUGCAAAUGUCAUUAUUGUGGAAGAAUAAUGAGUUGUGCUACUACCUCUGGAACAUCUAAUCUGCUAAAACAUCUUGAAACAUGUAAGCAGCACAUCGCAUGGAAACAAAGCAGAGCUCCAACCGAAGAUCAAACCCAAGGUGUUCUCGAUGUAGAAGGUGGUGAGUUAAAGGUUGCUAAGAUAUCCAUAGACGUUUUUAAGGAAGCGUGUAAUGAGAUGCUGGUACUGGGAGAGCUACCUCUUGCUUUCAUCGAGGGUUUAGCGUUUAAACAUUUCUGCGACCGGCUCAAAAUUUACACCCCUCACUCUAGGCGAACAGCUACACGAGAGAUAGUUGAAAUGUUUGUGGAAAAGAAAGCAAGAAUGAGGAAAUUGCUUAAUGCUAAUAAGCAGAGGGUCUCUCUCACGACUGACAUAUGGAAGGCUCCAACAACAUCAUCUAGCUACAUUUUUUUUUUUGUUCAGAGUUUGGAAGCACAAGUUUCUUUGAAGAUUGAUCGUUGA